AUGAAGCAGCCGGACGCGUACGAUGAUGUGGCGCCCUCGGCGCCCUGCGCCAUCGCGCCCGGCGCCACCUGGCAGGGCGCGCCCCCGCCCGGCUUCUCGCCCGGCCACCCGCCGCCCCCCGGCGCCGGCCUGCCCGUCAGCCGCGCCGCGAUGCAGCCAAACCACUCCAUGACCGGCGCCACGCCCGGCUGGGGCGGCGUCCCGCCGCCGCUGCCCCCCGGCGCGGCCGCCAUCGGCCCCGGCGGCGUGCCCUACAGCUACCAGUACGCCUCCGCCCCCUCCCCGGACCCCACGGCGCCGCUGCUGACGCCCGCGCCGCACUACCGCGCCGGCCCAGCACCUCCACCGGGCUUCGGCGGCGCCGGCGGCGGCGGCUACUUCGGUGGCGGCGGCUACCCAAACGGCGGCGACUUUGGAAUGGGAACAGAUCUGCUGUAUGCUACCCGCGCCAUGCGGCACGGGUUCCUUCGGAAGGUCCUCGGCAUCGUGUGUGCACAGCUGCUGCUGACCGCGGCGAUCGCCGCGCCCUUCCCCUUUGGCCCUGGCCGCGCGUGGCUCAGCCACAACCAGUGGGCCGUGCCGCUCGCGGCGAUCGUCACGUUCGGGACGCUCAUCUGCCUGGUGUGCAGCGAGUCGGCGCGGCGGUCGUUCCCUUCCAACAUCCUGCUGCUGGGAGUGUUCACUGCUGCGCAAGGCGUGCUCGUCGGCGUCUCCUGCGCGGCAUACAGCACGCCGACGGUGCUCAUGGCGGUCGUGAUGACCGCGGCGGUGUCGCUGGCACUGGUGGCGUACGCAAUGCAGACGCGCUACGACUUCACGGCCUCUGGCGGCAUGCUCUACAGCGCCGUCUGGAUCCUGCUGCUUGGCACACUGGCCAGCGCGCUGCUGCCGCGCCUCAAAGUGCUGGACCUGCUGAUAGCAGGCAGCGGCGCCCUGGUUUUUUGCUGCUACCUCGUUUACGAUGUCCAGCUGUUGAUAUCUGGAGAGCACUCAGUGUCCAUCUCGGUUGACGAACCCAUUGUGGCGGCCCUCAAUAUAUACGUGGACCUGAUAAACGUUUUCCUGUUCAUCUUGCAGCUGUUGGGGCGCGAGGACGACUGA